AAGUUUUGGGUAAUUAACCGGGUUAGCGUCUCUCUUUAACGUAUAGUCGCUCUUCUUGCAUAGUGAGGAACUCAGAUCACGAUCUGUUCUUCUGUCUGCCAAAUCCGACACAUCUCUAUCUCUGGUUGUAUUAUGUCAGUAACGGUGAGUUGGGAGGAAUAGGAGAGUCCUGUAAGACAAAUCCUAACAAGAGUUGCUUUGUAAUUUUCACCAGCUAAGGUUGAGAACUGAGGAACUUUGGGAUCUUUAUUUGUUAGUAAAUGUAUGAUAACCUGGGAACACAGCCUGGGGUGCCAAGACCACCAACAAACCCACAGCCAAAUCCAUUUGGUAAUGCAUUCUAUGGAGCUGGUUCAGGUCUUAUAAAAGGUGGACUGGGUGCUUAUGGAGAGAGAAUUUUAGGAUCAAGCUCCGAGUAUGUGCAAAGCAAUAUAAGUAGGUAUUUCUCUGAUCCCCAAUACUAUUUUCAAGUCAAUGACCAGUAUGUGAGGAACAAAUUGAAGGUGGUUCUUUUUCCAUUCCUGCACAGGGGCCAUUGGACAAGGAUAACUGAGCCGGUUGGUGGCAGGCUUUCCUAUAAGCCCCCUGUUUAUGAUAUAAAUGCUCCAGACUUGUAUAUUCCAUUCAUGGCAUUUGGUACCUAUGUCAUUCUUGCUGGGAUCUCGUUGGGUCUUCAUGGAAAGUUUAGUCCUGAAGCUCUAAACUGGCUUUUCAUCAAGGGAUUGGUAGGCUGGUUUUUGCAAGUUUCGCUGCUGAAAAUGUCAUUAUUUUCAUUAGGUAGUGGGGAGGCCCCCUUGCUGGACAUUGUGGCAUAUGCGGGGUAUACUUUCUCAGGAAUUUGUCUGGCUGUCCUUGGAAGAAUCAUGUGGAGCCACUCAUACUACUUUCUGAUGCCAUGGACGUGCUUAUGCAUGGGAAUUUUCUUGGUGAAGACAAUGAAGAGAGUUCUUUUCACAGAGGUGAGGAGUUAUGAUUCGAGCAAGCAUCAUUACCUCUUGCUCUUCAUUGGUUUGGCUCAGUUCCCAGUUUUCAUCUGGCUUGGCAACGUUAGUCUUAAUUGGCUUUUUUAAUAUUACAUUUCUUUGUUGUUGUUAGAGAACGAUUCUGUCUUAUGACAGGCCUAAAGUUUUAUGGACAGUUUGUCAUUUUUGUUUGAUCUCUUGUAUGGUUCUGUGAAUAUUCAGUGAUCUUAUUCUAUUGGAUUAAACAACUAGGAAACACUUUCAAACAUUUAUGGGCUUGAGGUGCUCCAAGUUGUACUUGUAAGAUGUGUCUAAUGGAAUUUUUGUGUUAGAGAGAAGAA